GGCAUUUAUCCAUAGAUAUUGAAUACAAACUUAACAAAGACCUAGUAAAUGCUCAAAAAUGGUUAUCAGCGAAUAAACUAACAUUAAACAACGAAAAAACCAAAUAUAUGAUUAUUGGAUAUCGGCAACGAUUGAAAAACUUAGAUCACGUGCCAAAAAUCAGUAUAAACGGACAUCAAAUUGAACGAGUUUAUAAAAAGGAAGCUUUGG